GGACCGGGGCGGGCCUCGGGGCGGGCCGGGCGCGCAGCCGGGACCCAAGGCGGAGGCGCGGACGCGCUCAGGCCGGAACAGGCGGCCCAGCGGCCGCAUCAUGGACUCGGGCCCCGAGGAGUAUGAGCUCAACGGCGACCCGCGACCUGGCUCGCCCGACGCCUCGCCGCCCCGCUGGGGCUGGAGGCACCGGCCCAUCAACGUGAACCACUACGCCAACAAGAAGAGCGCGGCCGAGAGCAUGCUGGACAUCGCGCUGCUGAUGGCCAACGCGUCGCAGCUGAAGGCCGUGGUGGAGCAGGGCCCCAGCUUCGCCUUCUUCGUGCCCCUGGUGGUCCUCAUCUCCAUCUCGCUGGCGCUGCAGAUUGGCGUGGGGGUGCUGCUCAUCUUCCUCGUCAAGUACGACCUGAACAACCCGGCCAAGCACGCCAAACUGGACUUCCUCAACAACCUGGCCACGGGCCUGGUGUUCGUCAUCGUGGUGGUCAACAUCUUCAUCACAGCCUUCGGGGUCCAGAAGCCCAUGGCGGACGCGGCGCCGCAGCAGUAGGGGAGCCGGCAGGGCCAGAUACUGAGUGUCCACACAGCCCAGUGCUGUGGGCUGCUCACCAGGAACCCCUCACGCUCUGCCGUCCACCUUUUAGAAGCCUGCAUCGCACCUGCCCUGCAGCCUACUCGCCUGACCCCGGGAGCCGCUGCGUCCUGUGGCAUCACCUGCUGCGCGUGGCACUCUCCGGAGCCUCCAGAGCCCAGGCCGGCCUCUGCUGGACCAGGCCCAGCGGCCAGCCACCGCGCCGACUGCCGCACAGGGGGCCGCUGUGUUGUGUGUGUGGGCCGGUGGCAGGCCCAGAAGGUUGGAACUGGACAGCCCAGCGUCCUGUGCCCGGAGAAGGGUCAUGGCUCCCUGGGGACAAGCUGCAGGUCCAUGGAUGGGCCAGACCAAGGGCCCCGGCCGGCCUCCGUCUCAGGACAUUCCUGAGGGACAAGGAGUCGUCUCACCUCCCGCCCAUGCACCAGCACCCCCAUCUCCCAGUCUCCCUGCUGACCUCAGUGCCUGGGCUUGGCGACCAUCGAGAGGGAGCCGUGCCCACAUGGGCAACUGGCCCUGCCCCGCAGUGACCGGCAGAGCCUCUGCCCCCUCCUCGGGAGCCCAAGCCCCGCAUUUUCUAAUCAGGAAUGACUAAUAAAGCCCUGAUCCUCUG